AUGCCCUCGCUUUCAGCCAAUCUUACGGGAAAGACGGCGAUUGUGACUGGAUCUUCAAGGGGUAUUGGUGCAGGCAUUGCGCUGGAUCUUGGUCGGCGCGGUGCCAAUGUCGUGGUCAACUAUACGAGCGAAAAAUCCGGCGCCGCCGCCGAGAGCAUAGUCCAAGCCAUCGAGUCGAUGAAACUGGGAGCACGAGCCCUCGCAGUACGCGCAGACGUGGCUGUUGCGGCAGAUCGCCAGAGGCUGGUGGACGCGGCACUGGCGCUGAGCCCCUCCAAGCACAUCGAUAUGCUUGUCCACAACGCCGGGAACGGCGACGACCGCUAUCUGGUGGAUCUUGACGAAGACUUCUUCGACAUGCAAAUAGAUCUGAACUUGAAAGCACCCGUGUUCUUGACGCAGAUUGCGCUCCCGCACAUGCCACGUGGUGGCAGAAUUGUUAUCAUUUCAUCCGUGUCGGCCAGGAUGGGGGUUCCCCAGCAAAGUAUCUACGCGGCUAGUAAAGUGGGAACAGAGGCACUGGCGCGAGUGUGGGCGACGGAGCUGGGGCAAUCCCGCGGCAUUACCGUAAACUGCGUGAACCCUGGACCCGUCGCCACAGAAAUGUACUACGCCAGCUCACAGGAGUUCAUUGAUGCCUUGAAGCCACUGAUUGAUAGUACUCCUGCCGAGGCAAGGAUGGGUGAGGUCGCAGAUAUUGUACCGCUCGUCAGCUUCCUAUGCUCCGAGGAGAGCCGGUGGGUAACCGGAAGUGUUGUUAGCGCAAGUGGAGGGCUUUUGUUCUUCUAG